UGCUUUGCCUAGCCAAGUGCGUCUGUCAUGGGGCUGCUUCUAUCCAAGAGGGACAACAAGAGGACUCCCACGGUUGUUCUGAUGGGCCUGGGCUCAUCUGGAAAGUCCACCCUGCUCUUCAGGCUCAAGACAGGGUUGGUGAUGGAUACUUCCCCCACCGUGGGCUUCAACGUGGUGACCCUGGAUCUGAACAAGAAAACGGCCUUGACCGUGUGGGAUGUGGGCGGACAGGGGGAGAUGAGGGUCAACUGGAGGUACUACCUGGAGGGCUGUAAGGCUAUGGUGUUCGUGGUGGACAGUAGUGACCGGGCCAGUAUAGGGGACGCUCAGAAGGCUCUGAAGAAUGUUCUGUCUGACGUCAACAUGAAGGGAAUACCUCUGAUGGUGCUGGCUAAUAAGAAGGACCUCCCCAACACCAUGAACAUCAGAGAGGUGUCCAACCAGCUGGAGCUGCCCAGCUACAAAGACCGAGCCUGGCAGAUCCAGGCAUGCAGCGGCCUGAAGGGAAUGGGGCUCCAGCAAGCCUUCCUCUCUGUGGCCAAACUCAUCAAGAAGAGCUGAGAGGAGACACGUCAGUGGAGAUAUCACUGUGAGAGACACUUGACAAGUCGGAGAUACUGACCAUAUAGUGCACUACCUUAAACUAGAACAAUGUUAAAGUACCUCAGAAGUAGUGCACUAUAAAGGGAAUAGGGUGCCAUUUGAAAUGCAGAUUAUAACCGAACAAUGAUUGUGGAAGAGCCAGGAUUCUCAAUCCAAUUAUGAACUAAGCGCAGGAUCCAUUAGGGCAUUUUGAUUGUGCAAUCAAAAUGGUUGAGAUUUAACACUUAACAUCACAGCAGUUAAAUGUGCCUGCUAAGGGAGACUGGAGAGUAUUGUUACACUUUGGAGAUGUGGGGAAAGAUAGCUAGGGAAACUAAUAUUUUUGUUUGCAGAUUCAUCACUAUUUAUAUUAAUGAUAAACUAAUAAAACAUGCUAAACCUAAUGUCUGUCUGCUAAAUGGCAUGAUAAUGUUUGUGUAGCCA